UCUCUCUCUCUCUCUCUACAAUCACACAGCAUACAGUAUUGUACAGUAUUGUGAAUCUUCUCUACUGCAGGUAAGUCUGUUUUAACUAAUCUGCGAUAUAACCGGACAUAACCAGUGGUAAUAAAUUAACUUCUGUCCUCUGCUGCUGUAGUUUGUGUCACAGGGUUCAUAACAGUUGAACUGAAUUUGUUGAUAGAGUUGUUAAAUCAGUAUGACUUUCUCUCUUUGGAUAUACUUUACACAGGGUUUUGUGUUAUAGACAUAAUUAACACAAACAGAUUUCAGCAACUCAGUUUGUUCAUUCUGCUGGUGUUGAUAGUUUUACCUCUCCUCUCCUCUCCUCUCCUCUCCUCUCCUCUCCUCUCCUCUCCUCUCCUCUCCUCUCCUCUCCUCUCCUCUCCUCUCCUCUCCUCUCCCCUCCCCUCCCCUCUCCUAUCUUCUCUUCUCCUCCCUCUCAACUCUCCACAAUUCCCUUCUCCUCUUCAGUGGUUGCUAUGGUCUGUCUUUGCAUUGCUAUAGGAGCUAUGCUCUCAUUGGCGCUGCCUGACCUGGUUACCAUGGAGACGUGUCCGUCGGCGGGGACGCCUGGACUGCCCGGUAUCCCAGGGUUACCAGGAAGGGACGGACGAGAUGGAGAGACGGGGGAAAAGGGAGUGCCAGGUACACCCCCCCUCCUCCCCCCUCCUCCCCCCUCCCAAAUACAUUCCAGGGUAAAUACUCACAUCUCAAAACGUUCCCUCUUCUAUCCAGGUGUUCUAUCUGGACCAGGCCAGAGACCAGAUGAGGGCCAGAAGGGGGAGCCGGGUGUGAAGGGAGCGGUUGGGAAGCCAGGUCGUAGUGGUGUGAGAGGAGAAGAGGGAUCCCCAGGGCCAGAGGGACCCCGGGGAGAGCCAGGGGAGUCGGGCUCAGCAGGGUCUCAGCUACAUUCUGCCUUCAGUGUGGCCAGAGGCACCGCCAUCCCUCCAGAGAAGGCCAGUGUCAUCAGAUUCACCUCCGUCAUCACUGAUGUUAACAAGGACUACAACACAGAGACUGGACGCUUCAGGUAAUGCCGGGCUACAAGACUUUCUAAAUCCUAACAUUGCUGAGCCUCACAACGACCGCCUUUCCUGUAGUUUUGUCUUUCCAACAUACGUAUUGGUGCGCACAAGAGCCUUGGUUGUAAGGAUUCUCGAUACCACGCUCUUAACGUAGCUAGAACGAGAUGUGGCUCAAAGCAGAGUCAAACGGUUUCAGUCAGACAUUCACGCUUGCCAUACAAAGUUGAAAUAUCUAAUAGCCAAUACAUUUUGAAUUGAAUAACAUUGCUUGUGAAUAUCAGAGCUGUAACCGUUUGACACGUUGGCUAAAGCAAAUACCAGGUAGUCAUGGCUCCUGCUCCAGAGGGAAUACCAGGUAGUCAUGGCUCCUGCUCCAGAGGGAAUACCAGGUAGUCAUGGCUCCUGCUCCAGAGGGAAUACCAGGUAGUCAUGGCUCCUGCUCCAGAGCAAAUACCAGGUAGUCAUGGCUCCUGCUCCAGAGGGAAUACCAGGUAGUCAUGGCUCCUGCUCCAGAGGGAAUACCAGGUAGUCAUGGCUCCUGCUCCAGAGGGAAUACCAAGGUAGUCAUGGCUCCUGCUCCAGAGGGAAUACCAAGGUAGUCAUGGCUCCUGCUCCAGAGGGAAUACCAAGGUAGUCAUGGCUCCUGCUCCAGAGGGAAUACCAAGGUAGUCAUGGCUCCUGCUCCAGAGGGAAUACCAAGGUAGUCAUGGCUCCUGCUCCAGAGGGAAUACCAAGGUAGUCAUGGCUCCUGCUCCAGAGGGAAUACCAAGGUAGUCAUGGCUCCUGCUCCAGAGUCUCCACGCUCUGGGUGAUGGGAAACAACGGCAUCAUCUCACUGGCUUCUUCUCUGAGCUCUCGUUGGCUAUUGCUGGUCGCUGUUCUCAAAACUUGUCAUUGCAUAUUUCACACUACAAAAGCAUUGCAGAUUUUAUGCCGAUAAAAUCAAACGUUUGAAAAAAAUCGGGACGUCUGGGACUGCUCAAAGAGAGGAUCGGGAGCCUCAGAUUGCGUGUCUGACCCGCUCGGUGAUGUCCGCAUGCCCGAGUAGGCAACAACAUUGGGAUUUUGUCUCUGAUCUUAAAAACGUGUCUAGGAAAGCUAAAUCGGGGCCAAAAUCAUGUGGUGUACGCCCGGCUUACCUUGUCUGUCUGUCUGAGAUAUCCUUACAAUGCUGCGAGCCCAUACUGCAGCAUUUAAUGUCAGCAGAAUGAACCCCGAUGACUCGGUGGCACGUGACGUGAACAAGGCUAGCAGGUACGAGCAAAAAGACAAUAGACUCAAACUUGAAUGGAUGUUCGACAACUCAGACUCGCGACGCAUGUAGACUACAGACUAUCACAGACUACAAAGGCAAAUCCAGCUGUGCGGAGCCCACUGAAGCCUCCCUCCCAGACGAGCUUAACACAUUCUGUGCUCGCUUCCAGGCAGACAAUACUGAGCCAUCCAGGAAGACUCUUGCUGCUCCGGACGACCAGGUGCUUUCGCUCUCCGUGGCUGACGUGAGGAAAACUCUCAAAAGAGUGAAUACCGACAAAGCCGCCGGCUCAGAUGGCAUCCCUGGCCAAGUCCUCAGAUUGCUGACUAGCUGGCUGGCGUCUUCUUGGACAUCUUCAACCUGUCCCUGUCCCAGGCUGUAGUCCCCAUCUGCUUCAGGGAGACCACCAUCAUCCCAGUGCCCAAGAAAAACAAGAUGACAUGUCCAAAUGACUAUCGCCCCGUCACGCUGACCUCGUCAUCAUGAAGUGCUUGGAGAGACUGGUCAUGGCCCACAUCAAGGCCCUGUACCCGCUCCAACAGAUCCAUCAGAUCCAACAGAUCCAACAGAUCCAUCAGAUCCAUCAGAUCCAUCAGAUCCAUCAGAUCCAACAGAUCCAUCAGAUCCAUCAGAUCCAACAGAUCCAUCAGAUCCAUCAGAUCCAACAAAUCCAACAGAUCCAUCAGAUCCAUCAGUUCAAUCAGAUCCAACAGAUCCAUCAGAUCCAACAGAUCCAUCAGAUCCAACAGAUCCAUCAGAUCCAUCAGAUCCAUCAGAUCCAACAGAUCCAUCAGAUCCAUCAGAUCCAUCAGAUCCAACAGAUCCAUCAGAACCAACAGAUCCAUCAGAUCCAUCAGAUCCAACAGAUCCAUCAGAUCCAACAGAUCCAUCAGAUCCAACAGAUCCAUCAGAUCCAUCAGAUCCAUCAGAUCCAACAGAUCCAACAGAUUGUUGACUUCAGGAAGCAGAGGAGGGAACAUUUCUGUCAGCCAGUCAGUCAGCCAGCCAGCCAGCCAGCCAGUCAGCCAGCCAGCCAGUCAGUCAGCCAGCCAGCCAGCCAGUCAGCCAGCCAGCCAGCCAGUCAGUCAGCCAGCCAGCCAGUCAGUCAGUCAGUGUCAGCCAGCCAGCCAGCCAGCCAGUCAGUGUCAGCCAGUCAGUCAGUCUGUCAGCCAGCCAGCCAGUCAGUCAGUCAGUCAGCCAGUCAGUGUCAGCCAGUCAGUCAGUCAGUCAGUCAGCCAGCCAGCCAGCCAGCCAGCCAGUCAGUCAGUCAGUGUCAGCCAGCCAGCCAGCCAGCCAGCCAGCCAGCCAGCCAGUCAGUCUGUCUGUCAGUGUCAGCUAGUCAGUCUGUCCAUCCAUCCUCUCUUUCGCUGUAGAUGCCGUGUGUCGGGGACGUACUACUUUGUGUACCACGCGUCGUCUGAGGAGAGACUCUGUCUGCUGUUCAAAUUGGAUGGAACCAGUCUGGCCUCCUUCUGUGACCUGAUGUAUGGGGUUAAAAACCGACAG